UAGAAUCUAGAAUUAUUGUAGAGACACUGACACUGCCCUCAAUGUAAUAAAGGCCUGAUUGUGUCAUGAGCUUAGAAGUAGAUUUGUAACUGGAUAACUGUGGUCUGGAAGGGAGAUGGGUUCUUAUGACCUCUAGGGAGUCACGUAUAUAGAGACACACACCCACAGUGUUUUAACUGAUAUAGUCCCACACCUAUAUGCACACUCACUCACGUGCACGCAUAUACCAGGUAUGCACACAGAGUCACUCACGAGCACUCACAUAGACACGCGGGAACACGCACAUGUAGGCAUUCACGUGCUCACACACACACAAACAUGUAAACAUAGUGCUUAGUUUUAUGGCACCUCGUAGAGGGUUUAGAAGGGGGGUCACUUAUACAAAACUGACAGACAAACAGACAAAGAGGUUGAGAUCUGCAGAGAAAGUCCGGGGUUCUGUACAUCUCCCUUCUAGAAGGUAUAAUCAAUAAGUGUGUAUUAAUAAAGGUAUUGUUAAUUGACUACUGAGUCACGGUGUUCUUUCUGGAGGCCUGACGAAUAUACGAACCGGGGUGAAACUGCUUUUCGCAACAUCGGCUGCAGUAACAAAAUAGAAACAGUAACACUGAUGCUGUCUCUGUGGGAGUGUGUUUGUAUUGAACUCUCAUAUAGAUCUUCAUGAAGACUGGCAUCUAUGGCACUGACUUUAAAUCUCACCCAAAAGCCAGAGGGGCCUCUGCCACUGCUGUGCCAGCAACAUCCUGCAAAAUGUGUGUUUUAGUAAAAAAAAGACAGAUAUAAGGAUCACAAGGAAGAUGAUGAUGGAGCUGCUGUGGAUGGUUUAGAUGGAUGACUGAUGCAGUUAAAAUAGAAGAUAACAUCAAACUGUUAUGGUCUGGAGUCUAGUGACUCCGUGGUUAUGUUUGUGUUUAUUAAUAUUCAUAAUUUUAUCUUGUUUCCUGGUUAUUUGUUAACUAUUUCCAGUGUUUAGGUGUUCUCUCUGCCUCCUGUGUUUCUUGUGUUGUGUCUAGUGUCCCUGGUUUGAUGUUUGUGCUUAUUCCGCUUUUAGUGUGUCUCCUUCCCAUUUCCUCAUUUUCCCUUCGUGUGUAUUUAUUAUGUGUGUUUACCUCUGUUCUUCGUCUGAUCAUCUGUGUUUCCUUCAUGUUUCAUGUAUCAGGCUCCAUGUUCUUGCUUCAGGUUUUAGUUAUGUUUCUUCGUUCUAUAUGUUCUUUAGUUUAGCCGUUUCCAGUUUAGCUUUUAGUUCCUCAUUUGCCUCUUACUUUGUAGUGUUGUGUCAAGCCAAUAAUAAAGGCUCGCUUUUUUUAACAUACGCCUUCACACCAUUUUGUGUGUGCAUGGGUCCUCAUUCUCAUCACGAGGUCAUCUGAGAAAAAUAGAGCGAACACAUGACACAAAUAAUAUUUAGACAACCUGUUUAUAACAACUGAUCAGAAAACUGCAUGCCUGUAUUAGGAACAUGUUGGCCCUGUUUAGCAGGGAAGGCGAGCAGGAAAUAAGUCAGAGUGCCUGUUAGUGGUGUGAUCACUGUGUGUUUCCUGAUGUGCAGCAAUACUGUUAAACCAGAUGGGCAUAACUACUCAAGCAGCUUUUCUUGCUCACUGAAAACUGCAGAAACACAGCUCGAGAAACAUGGCUGACCCAACAAAUGUGACUUCAUCUUUCAACCAGACCUGUGAUCCAGUUUUCCCAUCAGUCAAUAUUUUCUUUGUACUGGUCUACAGUCUGGUGUUUCUGGUGGGUUUACUCCUCAAUGGCUUCAUCCUGAAGUUUUACAUUGGUCAAGCUCAGCAGCAGGCAUCAAGCAGUUUGAUGGUCUACCUGAAGAACCUGACAGCUGCUGACUUCCUGCUCUGCCUCUCUCUGCCACUGCGCAUCGCUAACUAUGGUAGCAAGUCAUUCAUCAUUCAAAGGCUCUACUGCAGCUGUGGAACUUCUGCCUUCUACAUGAACAUUUAUGCCAGCAUCAUAUUCAUGUGUUAUAUCGCUGCCAACAGGUAUCGGAAGAUCGUCCAUCCUUCAGGAACUCAUGUCCUGCAGUCAGUACGAGCUGCCCACAUCAUCUCCAUGGUCACCUGGGUUUUUCUCCUUGCUCCAUCACUUACUUACAGCAUCCUCUUUUUCAUCACCGAGAAACCUCUAACGUUUACCCCCAGCCGCUGUGAGCCCCUCUUCAGUGCAUCAAUCAGCCUGUUGUUCAAGAUCGUCCACACCCUCUGUUCCAUCAUCUUCCUGUUGGUCUUCAUAUCCCUGGUCUUCUUCUACUACAGCACCUCCCGCAGGGUGUUGCAGGCACAGCAGAGGCGGCUGGCCUCCUCUGAGAAGCUGGUGAAGUCUCGCAGGAACAUGUUGGUGCUGGUCAGCAUCUUCUGUGUUUGUUUUGUCCCCUAUCACCUGGUUCGACUUCCCGGCACCUUUCUGUGGAACAGCUGCUCUGUGGGUCCAGUGUUGUACUACCUAAAGGAAGUGGCCAUCAUGGUGUCAGUUUUCAACAUCUGUCUGGACCCUGUUGUUUACCUUUUCUUCUGUAAGACUUUUUGGGCUCAGGUGAGAAAGAUGUCCAGGAGAGUCGAUGAUCCAAAUGAACAAACAAACGAACCAGGAGAGUGAGAACAGCAACAGUAACAAGGCAAACCUUGUAAAGAAAAGAGCUCAGACAUCAAUAUGAGGCUCAACUCAACAUUUCAUGUGGUGUAAGACUUUUCGGGAUCAGGUGAGCCAGAGAAUUGUAUAAGUGGGGACCAACAUCUAACAAGCAAACAAUAAUAGCAAGAGUAGGAAGGAGGAAGUGGACACUGUUACAGCAACAAGUUAAAUCAAUGAGCUUUAAGGAAAAGUUUGACAUUUUAUAAAAUGUUAAGAUUUACAUUUGUUUCCAGAGUCAGAUGAGUUCAGUGAAACCAGUGUCAGGGAUCCCAAGUCCUCAUGAACCACAGGAGUUUGUACUGAGCUCAGAGAGCAAUACAAGGCUGAACUCAGCACAAACCCACUCCCACACAUACAGCAUCAGUGUUCAUGUUGUCUGUGUCAGCUUUUUUCUUCUCAUUCUUUAAGUUGUUCUCAUAUCCUGCUGAUGUAACACAAUAUCAAAAAUCAUUUUGCUCAUUCAAAUCACAUCAAUUAAAUCUGAUCAAAUGCACUUUACAUCAUCAUUACUAUGUAAUAAUCCAGAGAUGCAGCACAGUUUCAUCAGUUGGGAAGCUGUGAUACUCAUUUGAGGGUCGGAGAAAAGGAACUAUUUAAUCUGAUGGUCUCAAAAUCAGAGAAAAAAAGAAAGGAAAAACAUAAUAAAGGAGCCCGACAGAGGUUAAAAAGAAGAGAAAAAAGGGUUUUAGAGCAUAAAAAAACAGGUUUAAAUAAUCCAAUCAUGUUACAUUUUAGACUCGGUUUUUACAGAAAUCAAAAUUAAAGCAGAUUCAUUUUAAAUAUUAAAAGUGGAAUCUUUUGUUUUCUGUGUGUCAUAAAUACAAUUUUGCAACCACCCAGACUGUUCAGGCAGGACUUAAUUCUGUUUACACCUCUGGAUCCACAGUCAGCCCUGAACAAUAUGGCCGCUGCGCUCACACAUUAUUAUAAUAGCAGCAGUCACCACUGUGACUACACUGAAGAGGACAUAAACUAUGGCCUCUACAUGUUUGCCUCCACCCAACCAGAUUCACAGUUCAAACUAAUAGUCUUGAGUGAGCUCAUGAUCUAAUCCGUCCUCACGGGACAGUUAAUAUCUGUAUAAAACUCUUUAACUUCACUUUAUCAGUUACAUAGACAGGACAACAGUAAUGCAUUAGAGUAUCUAUUUAUAUGUUUGUAUGAUGUGCACGCAUAACCACAGCAGCUACUUCCUACUGCUUCUGCUACAGCAAGAUUUCUCAUCGCAGAGCUAAUAAUAAAGUGUAUCUAGUGUUACAAAGUGUGUGUCUGUUUGGUACCUUGUGUUUAAAUAUCUGUUGUUAUUUAUGAACAGGAAAGAUGAUCAUAGAGCUGCAGGAACCUGGUGACACUUACUAACAUUUAGUUUUUUUAAAUAAUGCUUCAUGGGGCAUCUGUGCUGUAUUAUCUCAACCAGGGUUUUAUUCACAUAAAUAAACA